GCUUCCAGAACCCCUAGGAGUCUGAGUGAUGUGUCUAAUACAGGGAAAACCAGGCAGAUGUCCCCUGUGGCCACCUUCACAGUGUUCCCACCCCAGAGUCCAUCUACCAGUGAUUUGAGUCUGUCACUGUCUGUUCCUUUGGGCACAUCCUCCUCUGAUGGGGCAGGUCUCAGUAAAAUGAACAUGCCUGCUGAGGCCUCAGCUGGCUGCCAGGAGGAACCCCAGAAUCCUGAUAGGAGCCCGUCCACGGAGAGGAAGCCCCUACAGGCCUCACCUGGUCCUAAGGCUGCUACUGCCCUGCAGGUUUCUUCGGAGGUUAGAGCUCCCUGUGUCACAGAGGUAGCCAGUCCCUCGUGUGCAGGCGGCUUCUUGACUGAAAUAUUGUCUCCUGUGGACGAGGAGCUGUCUUAUGGCAGUGGGGACCUUACAUCCUCCAUCCACAGGGUCACCCACCUCCUUCCACCUCCUCCCCCUCCCCAAGCAAAGAGUGAUAUCAACGAGCCCAACCUCACCUCAGCAGACUUCCCUACCCCGCCUGAGGAGGCCAUGUUUUCAGGUGACUCACUGGACACCCUAGGAGAGGACACAUCCAUUACUGCUGAGGACAUGUCCUUCUUAUCUGAGGAGGCUCUGGGGGAAGCCCUUUCCCUGGGGCCUCAGGAAUCAGGGCACUGGCUGGGAGCACCCGGGCAAGAUGGAAGCCUGGAUGACUCAAAUUCAACAUCUCCCUUGAGUAAUUGGGUAGUCAGUGCCCCUGGGAGGUCCCCAAGACUGUCAGCUCAGGCCCUGAGUUCAUCCCCAGUGGCUUGUGUGGCCAGAGAAGGUCUUCAGGUCUCAGACAGUCAAGGUGGACCCUGGGAAGGGGUACAGUGUUUUGAGAGCACAGAGCACCAGCAAGGGAUAGAACACAUCUUAGACAGAAGGGCAGCCACAUCUUUAUCCUCCUGUUCUGCACCUUCUGAAAGCUCACCCCCAGACCCAGUGCCCUUGAUGCCCAGUGACCAGGCUGAGUCCCUCAAGCUCACUAGUGAGGAGGAGAAGGCAGGCCAGAGCUGCUGGACAGAGGACCAGCCCGGGCUCCAGGAUCUGUUGGGCACACAGCAGCUCCCUAGGAGAGACUGGGCUUUUGACCCUGUCUCUGAAGGUGCCUGUGCUGAUCUUCUAGGGACAGGAGAUGCUGGGCCGGUAGAUGUAGUGUCCACCCAGCUCAGCAGGAAGAUUUUGUGUGAUUCUCUCGCUGCAGUGUCAGGGCUGGUCCCUGAAGACAGUCCCUAGAUGUGUGCUCUGAAAGAUGAUAGAAACUCAUAGACAUCUGACAUGCCACUGUGUGUGUCAGUGUCUGUCUGUCUGUCUCUGCCUGCCUACCUACCUGUUUGUCUUCUUUCUGUCUGUCUGAUUUGAGGGACCUGGGCUUCCCAUUGUGGACUGUCACGUCUCAGCUGGCUGGCAGAAUGGUCAUCUGAAACAGUCAAUAGUCUUGAGUUCUCACCAUGCCAAUCAUGGGCACCAUGCCAAUCACGGGCUGGCUCUGUCUGAAUUUCCCCUGGCAGAGUAAUUCCCUGAUUUUCCCACAACUUCUGUCGGGCUCUUAAAGGGCUCAAACCUCAGUGCUGGAGGCAUGCCUCAAAGGCUGUGUAGGAUGGUGUCCAGUGACUGACCAAGGAAAGCCCGGGAGGCUGGAGGCUCCAGCCACUACGAGAUAGUGUGGUGAUCAGAGAGGCCAAGGGGCGAAAGUGGCUUCAGAGGCCUCUAAGGGAAAGGUGAUUAGGCUGCCGAGAGGAGCUGUCCUGGGCUUUGCCUCAGCCUGCAAAUGCCCAGUGUUCACUGUAUAUGUGUGUGUACGCGUGUGUGCACACGUGCGUGCCAUGGUCCCUGUGUGGAGGUUAGAGGACAGCUUUUGGGAGCUGGUUCUUCUGCAGUGGUUAGGCAUCAAGCAUGACAAGCGCUUUCACCUGCUGAACUCUAUGUAUCCAGGGUUUGGGUUUGGUUUUGUUUUUUGGAUUUUAUUUGUUUGUUUGGUUGGUUUGGUUUAAUUGUUA